GAGACUUGAAUCGCUACAAUGGUUUUCAAUCGCAUUGCUGUCUACGGUCAUCGCGGCUGGGCGAGCUCGGCCAUUGUUCGAGCUCUCGCCUCGUCGGGGGCUUUCAUCAAGGUUCUCUACCGCCCAGGAUCCGAUAUUUCCACCCUUCCCAACAACGUCACCACUGUUGAGGUGGAUGUAGAGGACCAGUAUGCUCUGGUUGGGGCUCUUAAGGGCAUUGAUAUUGUCAUCUCCCUAGUUGGUCAUGAGGGGGUAUCGAGACAACACCAUCUCGUGACUGCCAUUACCAAAAGCGACGUACAGCUGUUUGUUCCGUCGGAUCUGGCUGCACGAUAUGAUGAGCAGGGCAUGCGCAUUCCCGUCAAUCAUGCCAAGGGAACAGUGGAAACAGCUGCAAAGGAAGCAGGCAUUGCAACUACUGUAGUCUUGCCGGGCAACUUCGCUGAGUUUGCAUUAUCCACGGGAGCAAUGGGUGUAGAUUACAAGCAGAACAGAUUUAUUUACACUGGUGAAAGUGCUAUUAAGCCCCUCAACCUUUGCACAAAGGCAUACGUUGCAGCCGCCUAUGCGUCCAUUUUCGCCUCCACCCCGAUUGAGAAAAUUAAAAACCGGACCCUGGCUCUCUGCGAACUGUCCCCGACCGGAGAUGAUAUCGUGGCCGCAUUGACAGAGAAGUUUGGAUCGCGGACGCUCACCACCGCAGAGACCAUAGAGUCCAUCAAUGACAAAGUUGAGACUGCUCUGUCAACUGGUAAUCCGUUUGCACUGGCAUAUUAUUGUCGCAAGAUAUGGGGCUCGGGGCAGCAGGCUGCCAUGGUUGGCACCGAUAUGUGGGAUCUCGAACAGUAUCCCAAGGCAUCGCUUCGUGGCCUGAUUGUGGAUGGUCAGUUGGGAUCGUACCGUGGGUUGCCUGUCGAAGUGGAGCAGUUCUUUGCAUCUCACUUUGAAUUGUGUACAUAGAUGGAUUGGGGUUCUGCUGUCGGAACAGAAUCUAGAUGUCUCUGGGUUUGGACAUGGUGCUUUGUCCGAUGUGCCGAGCAUCUGAGAACAACAAUUGGGCUAGUUACAACACAGAAGAAGAAGCACAAUAAAAUUCAUGAUGAG